UCUUCUGCGCAUGCGCCACCUCAAAAGGAGAGUUGCCGAGGUCGAUUGUAGGAAAUCUUGAGUCCGGCAAAAUGCCGACCGACUAUGACAAAGGAGCAUAUCCGGAGCCCCCUCGGCAGACUCCGGCCGUGGACAAGCAGACGGCGCUGCCCAACCCGGCCGUGAUUCUGUCUAAACUCUUCUACUACUCCGUGGACCUGCCUGUCACCACAUUUAGAGGUGUUGUCGACAGCAUUCGGGCCAACAACAAGCCGGUCUACUACCACCAGAAGUUCCGCCGUGUCCCUGACCUGACGGCGUGCCAGCAGGGAGAUUACCUCUGCUACUACGAGGCGGAGAUGCAGUGGAGGAGAGACUACAAAGUGGACCAGGAGAUUGUGAAGGUGGUCCAGGAGCGUAUGAGGGCCUGCCAGCAGAGAGAAGGAGCCAGCUACCAGCAGAACUGUGCCAACGAAAUCCAGCAGUUCAACGAGGUGACGCACAGCUUCCAGUCACGCUAUGGAGACCUGGGAGCGUACGCCAGCGGGAGGAAAUGUCUAAUGAAGCAAAAAGAACGGAUGAUGGCUCAUCAGGCUCUGAGUGCUUAAGAAGUUACCUACUAUCUGUCCAUGUAAUAAUUGUAAAAUAAAAUGUAUGUGAUAAUU